UGGCCCCUGCUUGCUUAUGAAUGCAUCCGCCGUCUUACACUAUUCUCCUUCUCUGUCUGCUACGAUGUGGAACCGAAGCAAAACGCGUCUCUGGACCACCCUCUUACCACGUUCUACACCUCUCUACCUAGCCUUCUUGCUAUACCACCUGAGUAGCACCGUUGCCGGUGGCUCGCCGUCUCCUUACACACCGGUCGAGAUGAUUCUCGUAACCUGUGGUUCGUCGGGCAAUUCAGCUUCUCUAGACGGGCGAAUCUGGAUUGGAGACGUGUAUUCAGAAUUCUCCCCCAUUGAACACUCUCAAAACCAGACAUCUUUUGGCGCCAGCUCAGUUCAACGCUCCCGCUCUCUUGUCCAAACACCCUAUGCCACUGCCCGGGUCUCUCUCUCCGCAUUCACCUACAUGUUCCCAGUCACUGCCAGCCAAAAAUUCAUUCGACUAUACUUCAACCCGGCUUCGUACCCCAAAUUUGAUAGCUCUAAAGCCCGAUUCUCUGUCAAUGCGGGAGGUUUUACUCUUCUUAACGAUUUCAGCCCUUCACUUAAGACGGAUACCUUUCUGAGAGAAUACUUUAUCAGCAUCGAGGGAGAUCAGAUGUUGAACAUAACCUUCACUCCGAGCGUUUCUGAUUCACACGCUUUUGUCAACGGAAUUGAAAUCUUGUCGAUGCCUCCAAAUCUCUAUCAGUAUGCCAACAAAAGUUUUUCUUCGAGUGACGAGCAGAACGUGAUCAUCAACAACAUCGAUGACAACACUGCUGUGGAGAUGGUAUACAGAGUCAAUGUUGGAGGCCGCUCCAUCUCACCCUCUCAAGACACUGGCAUGUUCCGGGAGUGGGGUCAGGACGACGAAUACUUUUCAGAAUAUAAACAAUAUGUUCUACUUUCUAACUCUACUAUUGAACUAAAUUUUACCAAGAUAGCUGCGUACACUGCACCAAAAGAAGUCUAUCAGACUGCCCGGACUAUGGGGAUCAGCAAAACUAUCAACAAGAGCUACAAUCUCACCUGGGAAUUCCCAGUAGAUUCUGGGUUUAUUUAUAAAGUUAGGCUACACUUCUGUGAGUUUCAACCAGAGAUUACUCACGUAAGCGACAGAGUGUUCUUAAUUUUCAUAGCAAAUAAAACCGCAGAGGAAGCAGCCGACGUGAUAAAAUGGAGUGGUGGAAAUGGUGUUCCAGUGUAUAAAGACUACACCGUUUUCAUGCCUUACAAAGAAGGCGAGAAGAAAACGACCCUCAAUCUGGCAUUAGAAGCAAAUCCACAAGACUGGAAGACUCGUUACAGUGAUGCAAUCUUGAACGGUAUCGAAAUCUUUAAAGUAAACUCCCUUUAUAAUGUCAUACCCAGUUCCAACCCAGUUCCGUUGACCCCUCCAACACCACCGACGAAGUCCAAGAAUAGCACUACAAUAAUAGGUGCCGCCGUUGUUGGUGGAGUUGUCGGCUUUUUUGUGCUAUCCAUUCUCGGAUUCUUGAUUUUCCGGCGGCGCAAGAGAGUGAAGGAGUCCAGCUCUACGAACAAGUCAACAAAGACCAAGACCCGUAGGUCAUCUCUGCCGUCUGAUCAGUGUCGUCACUUUUCAUUGGCUAAGAUUAAAGAAGCUAGCAACAACUUUGACGAAGCUCUCAUAAUUGGUGUUGGGGGGUUUGGUAAGGUGUACAAAGGGUACAUCAACAUUGACGGUAGGGCCAACCCAGUUGCGAUCAAGCGGCUGACACCCGGUUCUCAACAAGGGGCCCACGAGUUCGAGACAGAGAUCGAGAUGCUCUCCCAGCUUCGCCACCGCCAUCUAGUUUCUCUGAUCGGAUAUUGUAACGACGGUGAUGAGAUGAUACUCGUCUAUGAUUUUAUGGCCCGCGGGACUCUUCGUGAUCAUCUCUACAACACCACCACCGAUAAUCCUCCUCUUCGCUGGAGGCAACGACUGGAGAUCUGUAUUGGUGCAGCACGCGGGUUGAACUACCUUCAUACCGGCGCGAACCACACAAUUAUUCAUCGUGAUGUGAAAACGACAAAUAUCUUAUUGGAUGAGAAAUGGGUGGCAAAGGUGUCUGAUUUCGGAUUAUCCAAAAUUGGAAAGCCCGAAGCCCACGUCAGCACAGUGGUCAAGGGUACUUUUGGGUAUUUAGACCCGGAGUAUUACCGGCGUCAACAGUUGUCUCAGAAGUCUGACGUGUACUCUUUCGGUGUAGUUUUGUGCGAAGUAUUGUUUGCGAGGCCACCCAUAAUCCGAACUGCAGAGACGACGCAAGUGGUGGUCCUAGCGGAGUGGGCUUCGGAAUGCUAUCGCAAUGGAGAGGUUGAUCAGAUCGUUGAUCCAUCAUUGAAUGGUGAAAUAGCAGACGAGUGUCUGAAGACAUUUGCUAAGAUCGCGGUGAGUUGUUUGCAUGACAACGGAAUCAACCGGCCAUCGAUGAAUGAUGUGGUGCGGGACCUUGAGCUCGCAUUGAAGCUGGAGGAGAGUAUGGACAAAGAUGCCAGGCUCAAGGGGGAAGCUCUCUUGCUCAAUGACAUGUGUAGUAGUAGUACGAUCUGUGGACAAGAUUUUUCUGAGAUCAUGAAUCUUCAAGGUCGGUGAGAAAAGAUGGUAGCUGAAUUUUUAGGAUGUCUUGUUGGAGUCGCAUUGAGGACGACGAGGAUUGGGUUUGAAAGCAAAGGCAUUUUUAUAUGGCAAGUGGAGCAACUAUUGUAUGAAAACGUCGAACAUGAAGGAAAUCUAUUCUUUUGAAUGUCUAAUUCUAAUUAUAAAUGAUAGAAUCCCUUAUAGUGUCUUUU